AAAUCACUUGGGAAGCUUUAUACAGUAUAAAGCGAAGUGAUACAGUUGAGCUCAUACUAUCAAGGUUCAUGAGACCCCUCCUUUUCUAGCUGUUUUUUCAUAAUUAUUUUUUUAUAUUUAAAUCCCAUGAUACCUUGCCUCUUCUGCAACCGCCUUAGCUCUUUCUCUUUUCUUUCUUCUCUAAAAAUAAAGGUUUCCCAAAGCUAAAAUCGAAGCGUUUUAAUGCCCAACAACCUCCUUUAAACUCGUGUCUCUUUCUUAAAUCUUGUAGCAGAGGUUUUUCUUUUCUUUCUUUACAACCAAGAAGCAAAAGUUUCAGCUUCUCUAUCUCUAUUCUCUGUCUGUCUGUCUGUCCGUCUGUCUGUCUUUCUCAGUUCAGGUUCUUGGAUCUUUUCUUACAACCGUAUUCUGAUCUGUUCCUUAAAGGAUGAAUAAACAAGAGGUUAUGAAGAUGCAGACAUGGUUACUCAGAGUGAAUAUACAGUGUAGUUGUGAUGGCUGUAAGCAGAAAAUAAAGAAACUACUGCAGAAAAUUGAUGGAGUGUAUACUACUAGUAUAAAUGCAGAGCAAGGGAAGGUAACAGUGACAGGAAAUGUUGAUCCAGCUAUACUCAUCAAGAAACUGGAGAAGGCAGGGAAACAUGCACAGCUAUUGGCAGGAGCUCAAAAGGGUUCAAACAAUUUCCCAAACCAACUCACCAACCAGUUCAAGAACAUGCAUAUGGAUGGUGGCAAAGGUGGGAAGGACAACAAAUCUCAGAAGGGUGGUGGUGGAAAUAACCAGCAAAAAGGAGGGCAGCAAUUUGCACCACAGCAUAUGCAGCAAAUGAAGAAAGAUUUUAAGGUACCUUCCAAAGACCAGAAAUCUGUCAAGUUCCACUUGCCUGAGGAUGAUUUAGAUGAAAGUGAUGAUGAUUAUGAUGAGUUUGGUGAUGAGUUUGAUGAUGAAUUUGAUGAUGAGUUUGAUGAUGAGUUUGAUGAUGAUGAGGAGGAAUUUGGUCAUGGCCAUGGGCAUCAAAUGCAAAACAAGAUGGUACCUCUGAUGGGAAAAGGCCAUGGGUCAUACGGGCCCAAUGGCAUGAUUAAUGGCCCUGCCGUGAAUGGUAAAAAAGGAGGAGGUGGUGGUGGGGAUUAUGGCAAGAAAGGAGGUGUUAUUGAUAUACCUCUAGUAAUGAAAGGCAUGGGAGAAAACAAAGAUGGGAAGCAUGGUAAUGGAGGAAAGAAAGGAGGUGGUGAUAAGAACAAAGGAGGGAAGGGAAACAAGGGGGGAGCAGAUAAAAAUGGUGGUAAAAAAGGAGGGGGUGGUUUACUAGGAUUUUUUAAGAAGAAUAAAGGUGGAAAAGAUUGUAAUCGUAAGGGUAAAAAUGAAUGGGAUGGGAAAAAUAAGGGUGCCCAUAAUAGUAAUGGGGGCAAUGAUGGUGGAAGCAAUAAUGGCAAUGGAGCUAAAAAGGGUUGGAGCAAAAAUGGUGGUGGGGGCCAUGAGAUGGGAAAAAUUAAAAAUGGUGGGUUUGAUGACAUUGAUAUUAUUAAUCAUGGCAAAGGAGGCGGAGGUGGUGGUGGGAGAGGUGGUGGUGGUGGUGGCGGUAGCGGUAAGAAUAUGGGGCAGAUGGGCCAAAUGGAUGGUCAGAUGGGUCACAUGGGUCAGAUGGGUUAUAAUAUGGGUCAAAUCGGUCAUAUGGGCCAAGUGGGAAAUUUUCCAAUGAGCCAGAUGGGUAAUUUUCCUGCAGUGCAAGGACUACCAGCAGCUGCAGCAAUGAAUGGUGGGUACUACCAAGGAAUGGGGCCAGGGAAUCCCUAUAGUCAACAACAAUACAUGGCCAUGAUGAUGAAUCAACAGCGAGCAAACGGGAAUGGGGGGAUGUAUCAACCAAUGAUGUAUGCACAACCAUAUCCCCAUGCAAAUUAUGGUCCUCCUCCAAUGCAUGCUGCAAAUUCUGAAUCCUAUGCCCAUUUCUUUAGCGAUGAGAACGCCAACAGCUGCACUAUCAUGUAAAAUUUUCUUUUUCUUUUUGGUUUUUCUUCUCUAGGGUGCUUUUUACAAGCGUGCAAGGUUCAAGAAGACAUUGCUUGUGUUUCUUGCCAAUGGCAAAUUUUUGUUUUUCUUAGAUAAUCAAUCCCUCAAACUCUUUUUCUUGGGGGGUUUUAUGUCUUGGACAAUGGAAUACUAGUAAGGUUACUAUGUAGAAGAAAAUGUAGGUAAAGUUUGUGGGAUGUAGCUAGAAGGAAUGGUCAGAAAAGAAGGGGAGGUAUAGUUCAGUUGCUUUCUUAAAAGAUGUACCAUAUGUUAUUUUAUAUGAUGUUGGUUUCAAAUAUGAAAAUAUGUUGGGCAUCAAUCCCCAUCUAAUGUUAGAAAAAGGGUCCAUUUGGCUUCAGCUUUUGAC